UUGACUUUGAGUCUCGCUCUGCAAUGCAUUGGGGAAUCGCGCUGAUCACGCUGCUGCUGGCUUCUGGGACUGGCGCCCUCUCUGCCAAAUUGGAGGACACCGAGUGCGGCUACUUCAAUGAGGAUCAGUUUCUCAAGCAGGGAUCCUUUGCCACACCCACGGAGCACCAGUGGCUGGCACGCAUCGUCUUCGGCAAAGGCUUCGAGGGAAAGAUCCAGAACGAUGGCUGCCUCGGCGUAUUGAUUUCCAAGAGGAAUGUGCUGGCCCCCGCCCAUUGCUUCGUGCAGUACAAUGGCGAGGCGGAGGCGUUCUCCGUGCACCUGGGAGUGUGGAACAAGAGCUCGGUUAUCAGCCAGCCGACUUGCGACAGGGAUGGAUUCUGUGUGGUGCCCGCUCAGGAGAUAAAGCUGGCCGAGAUCGCCAUUCAUCCCGAGUACGAUCCGUUGACGCUGAAGAACAGCCUGGCCGUGCUCACCCUGCAGCGGGAUGCCAAGCUGAACCCGAACGUGAUGCCCGCCUGCAUGCCGCCACCCCAGCUGGUCAAUGGGACACUUGUGGGCCAGACAUUCAUUGUGGCCGGCCUGCGCGUCAAGGAGGCUCUCAAGAUGAAGACCUGGGUGAACACCCUGAGUCGUGGCUUCUGCCAGUCCAAGGUCAGCUCCAUUGUCACCAGCAGCACCACAGUCUGCGGCUACCAGGCCAAGCCCGAUGGCUACUACAUCGGAGCACCGCUGGUGGGGAUGCAGGUGAAGGGCGACAACACACAGAACUUCUAUCUGGUGGGUCUGAUGAUCGACUGGCGCUGGGAGAACAAUCGCAUCCUCUCCAGCUUCCUGGCCAUACGGCACUACCUUGAUUUUAUCUACCAAAAUGCCAAUUCGCUAAUUGUACGCUCCUGAGCACCCAAUAAACGGCAGAAGCCACAGGUAUGGUA